AAAGAGUAGUUCUUAUACUUUUUGACACAUAUCAUUUCAGAUUACAUAAAAUGAUCGAGUGACACUAAAAUAGUAAAAUCACCAAUAAAGGGUAGUUUUAUUUUUGUCUCAAAUAAGUACAUAGUAAGUCUCAUUUUUGUUCAAUCAUCAAAUGUCAAAGCUUGAGUCUUAUUUUUGACGUAAUUAUUAUAGGUAAUGCCGAAUUACCUUAUUAUCAAAUGUCAAAGUUUGGAUCUGAUUCUCAAAACUGAUUCUACUCUUUCAUGGAGCAGAAGCAGAAGCUGUAGUGUUUGAGUGAAAUUCCAGAAGCUGGUGCUCUAAUUUACUCUCAUAAUCAGUUCUUUUAGAAGCUGGGUGUACCAGCUUCUGCUGGGGUACCAGCUUCUGCUGGGGUACCAGCUUCUGCUGGGUAUACUGAUGAACAGAGUAAAUCGCCAUGGAUAUUGUGCACCGAUCAAGAAAUCCCGAAAAGUUAUUAGACUGCAGUCGAUGACAAUGGAUUAUAAUAUAGUAAUCCAAAAAAGCCAACGCAAAUUUCUAUUUCAGGGUUUCCUGUGACCCCCAUAUCUCCGCUCUGCCAACUACGUGUUCUUCAUGCAAGAUCGCAGAUUCAUUCAUAGCACUAAAAUUGGUUGUCGUUUCCACGAAUUUUCAAUUUCAACCCCAGUAAAUUCUUCUAUAUAACCACGUAAAGCAUUCCCACACUUCCCUCAGUCUACUCACCGUCUCCUUCGAAUUUCUGACACUUUUCUUCGUUGUAAAAAUGGGGUCUUUGAAGGGUAAGUUGGACGUGGAGGAGCAGAGCAGCGCCGCCUGCCGGACAGCUCACAGCUUGUCUUCCUCCAUUGUCAGGAAGAAAUCCGACCCGGAGCUUGUUUCUCGGAUCCGGUUUCGGGUCAUCCGGCGGGUUCUCGCAAAUGUUCAGCAGGUGAUUCUUGGAACCAAGCUCUGUGUGCUUUUUCCGGCCAUCCCUCUGGCCAUGGUCGCUCAGCUCUACAAUUUCAGAAGGCCAUGGAUUUUUGCACUGAGUUUGCUGGGGCUAGCACCUCUUGCUGAAAGAGUCUGCUUCUUGACAGAGCAAAUUGCAAACUUCAUUGGACCAACGGUGGGAGGGCUGCUAAAUGCAACAUGUGGGAAUGCAACAGAGCUGAUAAUAGCAUUGCUUGCUCUUCACCAGAGAAAGAUUCACGUGCUUAAAUACUCCCUCUUAGGCUCCAUCCUAUCCAACCUUCUCCUUGUUCUUGGGAGCUCUCUUUUAUGUGGAGGGUUGACCAAUAUAAAAAAGGAGCAAAGAUUUGACCGAAAACAAGCAGAUGUGAACAUGUAUAUGUUGUUGCUGGGAUUGUUGUGUCUCGUUUUGCCGCUGAUGUUUAGAUAUUCUUUUGAGCCGUCGGAUUAUACAGAUAGUUCAGUCUUGGGGCUGUCUAGAGCAGGCAGCAUUUUCAUGCUUGGGACUUAUGUUGCUUACCUCUUCUUCCAACUCAAAACUCACAAACAGCUGUUUGAUUCUUCUUCGGAGGAGGAGGAAGAUAAUGUGUCCGAAGAAGAGGGUGUGAUUGGAAUGUGGAGUGCAUUUGCUUGGUUGAUUGGUAUGACAGUCACCAUUGCAUUACUAUCUGAGUAUGUUGUUGGCACCAUUGAGGAUGCCUCAGAUACGUGGGGACUAUCAGUGAGUUUUAUCAGCUUAAUUUUGCUACCCAUAGUUGGAAAUGCAGCAGAACAUGCUGGCUCCAUCAUCUUUGCUUUCAAGAAUAAGUUGGAUAUCUCUUUGGGAGUUUCCCUUGGAUCUGCUUCUCAAAUUUUGAUGUUCGUGGUUCCAUCGUGUGUUGUAGUGGGGUGGAUAAUGGAGGUGAAAAUGGACCUUGAUUUCAGUCUUCUCGAGACCGGAUCUCUUGUUUUCUCCAUCCUUCUAACGGCAUUCACUUUGCAGGAUGGAACCUCACACUACAUGAAAGGACUGAUUCUUUGUGUGUCCUACGUGAUCAUUGCCUCUUGCUUCUUCCUUCAUAAACUCCCCAUCUAUCACAACCCAACAAGUGAUGCCACUGGAGUGAAGACCGCCUGACUGCACCCGGCCCAUUGUCUGACUUUUUUCCCUCGUUGAGUAUUAGAGAUGUUAUGCAAUUAUGCCUUUGCUGGGCCGUCUCGAAUCUAAAGCAUGUAAUAUUUUUACGUAGCACGGAGUAUGUAAAUAUAUUAUUGAAUUUCUCUGUAAUUUCCACAAUAAAAUUGUGGCAGCAAGCCAGCAACGACCAGAAUAGCGGGCUGGACGUAUAUUAGGCAAAGUAGCACGGAAACGGGAAACAGGAAACGCGAGAAACGCAAUUUCUAAAAAAUAUAGGAUACGAAACGUGGGGGAAACGCAUAAAUAUUAUAAAAUAUAAGGAUAUAUUUAUAAAUAUUUUUUAAUAUACGUACCCAAGUUUUUCCAUAUGCACAUGUUUUUUUCAUAUAAUUUGUUUAGUAACCAAAUAAUAAAAUCACUCUACAUGUUCGAAUUUAGAUAUUAUUUCAUAUUAGUACAUAAUUAAACAUAAAAUGUACGGAGUAAUACAUUUCUAGCAAUAAACAUUGUAUUACGAAAUGUAACAAGUAUUGCUGCUGAGAAAUAUCACAAAAAUUCACUAUUAAAAAAAUUAUUUUCCACCACAGAAACUUUAAAAAAGAAAAAAAAUGGAAUCCGAAGUUUCCGAAACGUAGUGAAACGGGUUUCCAAAUAUUUCUUAAUUACGGAAACGGCCCCGAAACGGGAAUUUGAAGUUUCUGAGUUUCUGAAACGCUUUCAAAUUUCCGAAACGUGGAAACGUGAGCCGUGAAGAGUUUCCCCUAAUAUUAUUAGGGGACCUAGGCCCAAAUUACUUGAAAACAAGAGUUGCUGGCUUGCUGCUACAGUGCUACUCCUGGCUAUAUACUCUGUAUGUUGUAUCUAACUAUUCUCAUGAUAUUAUAUUCUUCUUUGUCCAUAUAUAUGUACUUACUCCGUAAUCC